GGCCAGAUAGGCAGGGCGAGGAUGACGUGGAACCAGGGCAAGCAUUUCAGAGAAAAACGCAAAUCGAGGGGACAACGCGACCGAGCAAGAGGCGGAAGAGAGCGAUCGAUCAAAUCAUCAAAAUCGAAUUGAAGUAAUCUGCAGAUAAUCGAGAGAUGGAUUCGUCGCCGAACGCCUCUGACCUGAGCUCCCUCCCCGAAGAGAGCUCCGAAGAAGAACAGCAACCCAAGCGGAGCACUGCCCCUUCUGCAUUUUCUUCCAAACCUCAUCGUCCUCCUGUUCAGGCUUCUUCACAAAAAUACUCACCUUUGGAUUGGCUGGCCUAUUUUGACGAAGAGGAGGACAUUCAAAUUCCAGAUUCAAAUGAUGUCUUUCAUAUAUAUAAGGCAGGAUCAAAUGGACCGGUUGCGUUUUGUCUGCAUGGAGGUGGUUAUUCAGGGCUUUCAUUUGCACUGGCAGCAGGUAAAAUUAAGGAGAAAGCCAGGGUUGUGGCAAUGGAUCUAAGAGGACACGGGAAGUCAUCCACAGAAAAUGAAUUAGACCUGUCAAUAGAGACUUUAUGCAAUGAUGUAAUUGCUGUUUUGAAGACAAUGUAUGGAGAUUCUCCUCCUGCAAUUGUGCUAGUUGGCCACAGCAUGGGAGGCUCAGUUGCAGUUCAUGUUGCUGCAAAGAAAGCAGUUUCUAGCUUGUGUGGGAUGAUUGUUGUGGAUGUUGUUGAGGGAACAGCAAUGUCAUCAUUGGUCCACAUGCAGAAAAUUCUAUCAAACAGAAUGCAGUAUUUUUCAACCAUAGAGAAAGCUAUUGAGUGGAGCGUCAAAGGAGGUUCUUUAAGAAACAUCGAGUCUGCUCGUGUAUCUAUCCCUAGUACAUUGAAAUAUGAUGAUUCAAAAAAGUGUUAUGUUCACCGUGCUCGGCUGGAAAAAACAGAAGAAUUUUGGAGGGGCUGGUAUGAAGGCAUUUCAGAAAAGUUUCUUGCAUGUCCUGCUCCAAAGCUCUUGCUAUUAGCUGGAACAGACAGGCUGGACAGAGCUCUCACAAUUGGUCAAAUGCAAGGCAAGUUUCAAAUGGUAGUUGUCAGACAUACUGGGCAUGCCAUACAGGAGGAUGUACCUGAUGAAUUUGCUACUCUCGUAGUCAAUUUUAUAUCUCGCAAUCAGAUUGGAUCCCGUGGCAUUGAGAUACCGGGGAUCCGUCGAGCAUCAUAACUGCAAUCCUGAAUACAAGCCCAAACCAUGGCAAUUAGUUGACAGCUUUUUACUUAGCAUCUCUCUCUCUCUCUCUCUCUCUCUCUCUCUCGACAUUUAAUUUGGUCGUUUGACAAAUAUGCUUUUGGAAUUGAUGUUUUUGCUAGGUUUCAGUAGAUGUAUUAUGUGGCAUUCUAACCUUUUCCACUCGGAUAUGAGAUUUGGACCCCUUGUUGACUAAUAUCUGUUCGGAUACUUGAAAUUACAACUCGGGGCAAAAGUUUACGCUCAGCAAGGUCUUGUACCCUGAAACUGGCAAGAGACCUUUGUUGCCCUAGGUCCUCACCGUACGAGUGCAACUAAUUAAAGGUCUCUGUGAUCUAGAUUUCAGCUUUAAGAAAAAAAUACAUGCUCCGAGCAAUUAAACUAUUACUGCGCGAGCUUUUACUUGUCUAAUAUAUAACUACAUCCCAAAAUUCUAGCAACACCCAUUGCCCAAAUAAUUUCUCUAGCUUCUUGGUACGGAUAAACCCUAAAAUAGGGAUACCUUAUUGCACAAAUAAUUUCUUCUGGUUUACCUUUUCAUUGAACUAAAAAUGCCCUGAUGGCAUAGCGAGACAAGUUGUAACACCAGAAUGUAAAUCCACAAAUUGCAGUACGGAUAUAAAUGUUUCUCAUCAGGCCAAUCUUGAGUGGAUUAACCAUAGAAGUAUCUAGCAGUAUCAUCAGCAAGAAUCAACUUCACACGACACGCGAAUGUAGGCCAAAACUUUAAAAGGAAACCAAAUGAAACGUUAUUGUUUCACAUGAUAACGUUUAAAUAUUCAAAUGUGGCUAAUUGGAUUGGAUGUUGUCUUUGUGCCUAAGGCACUACCUCUUCCUAAUGAGGCAAUUU